UCAAUUUAUUUUACAAACACGCGUUUGUAGCAGAGUAUAUAGAGGAACUCCUCACUCUCUCUCUCUCUCUGGAACAUUCGUCUCUGUUGCACUUUUCAAACGCACUACUCAGAAAAGCACCAGCAAAGUUGGUGGUCCUUGUUCUCUACUGCUUCAGUUUGCAACUUCACAUAUUCUUGUACCAGUAAAUUACUAAAUAUACUCUGGGCCUCCGGCAAAAGCAAACAACAAAUUCAAGCAUAACAUAAAAUGGCCGAUGGAGAGGAUAUUCAACCCCUUGUUGUUGACAAUGGUACUGGGAUGGUUAAGGCUGGCUUUGCUGGUGAUGAUGCUCCAAGGGCAGUUUUCCCAAGCAUUGUUGGGCGACCUCGACAUACGGGUGUUAUGGUUGGAAUGGGACAAAAAGAUGCAUAUGUAGGUGACGAGGCUCAAUCCAAAAGAGGUAUUCUGACUCUAAAGUACCCGAUUGAACAUGGGAUAGUCAGCAACUGGGAUGACAUGGAGAAAAUCUGGCACCACACUUUCUACAAUGAGCUCCGUGUGGCUCCUGAGGAGCAUCCUGUUCUGCUUACAGAGGCACCUCUAAACCCUAAGGCUAACAGGGAGAAAAUGACUCAGAUCAUGUUUGAAACCUUCAAUGUUCCGGCAAUGUAUGUUGCCAUCCAGGCUGUCCUAUCACUGUAUGCCAGUGGGCGUACAACUGGUAUCGUGCUCGAUUCUGGUGAUGGUGUGAGCCACACUGUCCCUAUUUACGAGGGUUACGCACUCCCACAUGCUAUUUUGCGUCUUGACCUCGCUGGCCGUGACCUAACAGAUUAUCUCAUGAAGAUCCUGACCGAAAGAGGCUACAUGUUCACGACGAGUGCCGAACGAGAAAUUGUCCGUGACGUGAAGGAGAAACUUGCAUAUGUUGCCAUCGAUUUCGAUCAGGAAGUCGAGACUGCUAAAAACAGCUCAGCUGUUGAGAAAAACUACGAGCUUCCUGAUGGACAGAUCAUUACCAUAGGUGCUGAGAGGUUCCGUUGUCCGGAAGUGUUGUUCCAGCCAUCUCUGGUUGGGAUGGAAGCUGCGGGAAUUCAUGAGACCACUUAUAAUUCGAUUAUGAAGUGUGAUGUGGAUAUUAGGAAGGAUCUUUAUGGAAAUAUUGUGCUCAGUGGUGGGUCUACCAUGUUCCCGGGGAUUGCAGAUCGUAUGAGUAAGGAGAUUACUGCUCUUGCUCCCAGCAGUAUGAAGAUUAAGGUGGUGGCUCCGCCUGAGAGGAAGUACAGUGUCUGGAUUGGAGGUUCUAUCCUAGCUUCUCUCAGUACUUUCCAACAGAUGUGGAUUGCAAAGGGAGAGUAUGAUGAAUCUGGUCCAGCAAUUGUUCACAGGAAGUGCUUCUAAUUAAGCUGGUGAGUCUGUGUGGGGUUAUUUUUCUGCCUUUUCUGGUUUUAUCGAAUUGGGCCAAGUGAUCGGUUGAGCACAUGAAAUCAGAUAAGAAGGUAAGAAGACCUUUUCCAGAUAAUUUAUUGUUUUUUUUAAAUCCGAGGUUGUGAACAAAUGGAUGUACAGUGGGAGUUUUUUUGGUGUCUGAUGUGUGG